CGGCCUGCGGGAGGGCGGGCUGCGGGCUGUGGGCUGCAUGGCUCCCGGGAAGGGACCCGGCUGCUGCUGCUGCCGCCGGUGUAGGACCAGGCCUUAGCGUUAGCCGCCCAGCGGGAAGCCCGCAGGGUUCCUUGGUGAUGUUAGUAUGAGAGGUGCGGAAAUGUGGCGGGAACCCCUGAUGGCAGGGGAAUUGCAGAUGGCUUCACGCUUUCAAGUCAAGCAUAGGAAACAAGAUUGGUGGAGUGAAAGUUUGGAAAGGGGAAUUCCACAACAGCGCUUUCACGCGGAGACACUUGACAGUGAAUGGGCUUUUGUCCUUUACAAAAUCGUGGAGUUAGUGCAUUCUGAUGUCAGACCUAGUUUUCAUUUACAGACUGUAGACUUGUUGCCAAAAGUGCUCCCCAUUCUCCCCAACUAGCGCUGGCUCUCCUUUGUAGCUAUGAUCUGGAACUUGCAGUGUAGACCAGGCUGGCCUCAAACUCAGAGAUGGGCCUACCUAUGUCUCCUAAUUAAGGAUCCGCGCCACCUCGCCUGGCUUUCUUGAGGCCAAUUUAGAGUUUCAAAAAUGUAUUACUUUAUUAUAGCUCUUUGUACAACUCGAAUAUUUGUAUUUUAUAUUUUGUAUGUAAGUCAGAGAUCAAUGGCUAUAGUUAUCUUUAGCUUUUUACACUUUUUUUUUUUGUUUUGUUUUUCGAGACAGGGUUUCUCUGUGUAGCCCUGGCUGUUCUGGAACUCACUCUGUAGACCAGGCUGUCCUCGAACUCAGAAAUCCGCCUGCCUCUGCCUCCCGAGUGCUGGGAUUAAAGGCGUGCGCCACCACGCCCGGCUUUUACACUUAUUCUUAAAGGCUGCAGCUUAACGAUAUGAUGAAACGAAUUAUCUUAUUUGGAAUGCAGCGCCAUUUUUAGGUUAAUUUUUGUCCCGUGCUCUCUGUCUUUUACUGUGUCGUCCUCAGUGGUCAGUAUAGUAAAGGAGGCUGCGAAACUAAAGAGGGUUAGAGACUUAAACCACAGACACAUGUCCCUUUAAAAUGUGUAUAUGCUGAAGUUUCAGAAACAAUGGAGAUAUUGUUAAUCAUGCUGCUGCUGCUUCCUCCCGUGGAGCGGUAGGGACCGGUUACUUAGGCUUUCCUGUACUGUGUGGUGGCUGAUGGUGACAGCAUUAGUCCACACUGUCAUAGCUUAAGGUGCUCCCCAUGCCAAAGGCUAGAGUUGCUUUUUUAAGUUUUACAAAAACCACAGUACUAUUUUUACAUCAGUACAAAUUUAUAAAAAGCACACAGUGUCAGUGUCCGGUGAGUUCAGGUUCUUCAGCUAUUCCAUAUGUGCUUGUAAUACCAAAGUUGUAGACUUGUAGACCAAAGUCCUACAGAGAACUGUCAGCUGCAUUCGGUUGCUAGGCCUUCAAAACCCUCUAAUCAAUAAUCAAAACCCUCAAUUUCUUUCUUUCAUAUAUAUACAUAUAUAUUAUAUACAUGUAUUAUAUGUGUAUAUAUGAUAUUUUCUUUAUUUACAUUUCAAAUGUUAUCCCCUUUCCUAGUUUCCCCUCUGAAAAUCCCCUAUUUCUCCCCCCCCCCCAAGCAGGUUCUUACCUCCCGUUUCUUUAUCACUCAGGUUUAGCUGGUUGUAUAUAUUUUUGAAUUUAUGCCUCUACCUCUUCUAUGACCUCUCCUUCACUGGCUAAAUCUUGAACUACACUAUCCAGUGUGGCAGUCAUCAGCCAGCCCUGACAUUUUAAAUGAACUGUUUGGUUCCCCAGAUGCAUUAGCCACAUUGGAAAUGCCCAGCACACACAGGCUGCCUAGUGGCUAUUGUCUGAUUAAUACUGAUAAGAUGUUUCCAUAAUUACAGAAAGUUCUGUUGCAAUACAAUGAUCUUUUGAAAUACAGUGUUAGAUUCAGCCUUGAUUUUUGAUGGCAGGUACAAGAAAACUCAAAGGUAUAGGUUUUAUAUUAUAAAAAUUAUCUGUUGCGUUCAUUGUCAGGGAGACUUGUAAUGUCUGAGUCACCCCACUAGGGAUGUUAGAAUUAAGCUGUGUAUGUCGGGGUUCCUGUGCUGUUUGCUCAGUUGAGCCACCAUGAAAUUGCCCAAGAGCCUUUGGUCAAUAGGGAGCUCUUCAUGGCUAAUAGUGCCUGGGCCGAUUACUGAGUGAGAGCCACCGUGGUGCUUUCUAGUGGCGUCAUGUGCCCAGUGCUGCUUAGCUGGCACUCUUAUGAUGAACUUGCCUUCCGCAGCUGACUAUCCUGAAGUACAGUUUGUACAGGAAUGGCAAGCAAAAUGCUUAACUCCGUUCCUUUCUUUUCAGACUACAGCAAUGAAUUGGUGGCCUAGCAACCUCCAAAGAUGGAAAAGCCGAAGUUCGAGGACACAGAGCUGUUGCCAAAACAAAGAGGAUUUAGAGAUGGAGGCUUUGUUGGAAGGAAUACAAAAUCGGGGGCAUAGUGGGAGAAACCACUUGGGCAUGAGCUGUGACUGGUCUGUUGGUGCUUGUAGGGGAUUUUUGACAUCCUGUGAAGCAGAACUGCAAGAGCUCAUGAAACAGAUCGAUAUAAUGGUGGCUCAUAAGAAGUCGGAGUGGGAGGGGCAGACGCACGCUCUGGAGACUUGCUUGGACAUCCGUGAUCGGGAGCUGAAGGCUCUGAGGAGUCAGCUGGACAUGAAGCACAAAGAGGUUGGAAUAUUGCAUCAGCAGAUAGAAGAACAUGAGAAAACCAAGCAAGAAAUGGCCAUGGAGUACAAGGAGGAGUUACUGAAGCUGCAGGAGGAAUUAAGCAGACUGAAGAGAAGCUAUGAAAAGCUGCAGAAAAAGCAACUAAGAGAAUUUAGAGGAAAUACCAAAAGUUUUCGAGAGGAUCGGUCUGAGAUUGAGAGGCUAACUGGAAAAAUAGAGGAAUUCCGACAGAAGUCUCUGGACUGGGAGAAGCAGCGUCUGAUUUAUCAGCAACAGGUAUCUUCUCUGGAAGCACAGAGGAAGGCUCUGGCUGAACAGUCGGAGAUAAUCCAGGCUCAGCUUGCCAACCGGAAACAGAAAUUAGAGUCCGUGGAACUAUCUAGCCAGUCAGAAAUUCAACACCUGAACAGUAAGCUUGAGCGGGCUAAGGACACCAUCUGUGCCAAUGAGCUGGAAAUAGAGCGCCUUAACAUAAGGGUCAACGACCUGAUGGGAACCAAUAUGACUAUCCUGCAGGACCAUCGGCAGAAGGAGGAGAAACUAAGGGAAUCUGAGAAGUUACUAGAGGCUCUGCAGGAAGAACAGAAAGAGUUGAAGGCAAGUCUUCAAUCUCAAGAAACCUUCAUCCUUGAGGCAAAAAUGCAGGAGAAACUGCAAACGACAUUAAAGGCAGUUGGCACUCAGCAGUCCGUAGAAAGGCCUCUGGAGGACUGUCAGAAGGAAAGGAAGUACAGCUCUCCAGGGCAAGGAGUCUUGGAUAAUGUGCUCUCCCAGCUGGACUUCAGCCACAGCAGUGAAGAACUCCUGCAGGCAGAGGUGACGCGUCUUGAAGGCAGUUUAGAAUCUGUGAGUGCAACAUGCAAACAGCUGAGCCAAGAACUAAUGGAAAAAUACGAAGAGCUGAAGAGGAUGGAAGGGCAUAACAAUGAGUACCGGACAGAGAUAAAGAAGUUGAAGGAACAGAUUCUGCAGGCUGAUCAGACCUACAGUUCUGCCCUGGAAGGAAUGAAGAUGGAAAUCUCCCAGCUAACUCGGGAGUUGCACCAGCGAGAUAUCACUAUUGCUUCUGCCAAGUGUUCCUCCUCAGACAUGGAAAAGCAGCUGAAGGCAGAGAUGCAGAAGGCAGAAGAAAAGGCUGUAGAGCAUAAGGAGAUUCUAAGUCAGCUGGAAUCUCUCAAAUUAGAAAAUCAUCGUCUUUCUGAAACAGUGAUGAAGCUGGAACUGGGCUUGCAUGAGGCAAAAGAGAUUUCACUAGCAGACCUUCAGGAGAAUUAUAUUGAGGCCUUAAAUAAAUUAGUGUCUGAAAAUCAACAACUGCAGAAAGAUUUGAUGAGCACCAAAUCUGAGCUGGAGCAUGCUACUAACAUGUGCAAAAAAAAAGAUGGCGAGAUCUUUAACCCAGCACACAGCAGAGCUGCCGGGUUCAAGAAUGCAGAGCUUAAGCCAAUCCAUGGCCAGCACAGACAUGACGGAAUAAAGACCGAGCAGUACAAAACAGGUCACCACUCGCCUCGAGGACAAACGUUGGAUAGCAUAGACCCUGUGGCCAGGGGUCCCAGCCCCCUGAGUUCUCACAUCAGCCCCGGCAGCUCCACCGUCUCUCUGCCUUCCAACUUUCUAUUUGAGGCUCACUCUUUGCCUUCAGUGCUAGAUAUAAAUGAUGUCAACUUUUCUGACAGUCUGUCUGACUGUAUGAAUGACCAAGAAGAGUUUGUAUCUUCGGGCUCGCUGCCCACCUCUCCUCUGGGAUCGAUAGCUACCAGGUUUCUGGAAGAGGAGGAGCUGAGGUCUCACCAUAUUCUAGAGCGCCUGGACGCCCACAUUGAAGAACUGAAAAGAGAGAGUGAGAAGACGGUGAGGCAGUUCACAGCCCUCGUGUAGCCCUGCACAGCCACAGACGGAAGACUGGAUUAUAAAGUUGUAAUGAAGCAAUGCUCGCAAGGGCGGCACUGAGGAGUCUGCAGACUGGGCACUUGGGUAUUUUCACUGCGUUGUGUGGAGGACUGCUUCCAUAGGAACUUGUGAGAAUAAACCGCUUUGCAGACUUUUCUCACAUGAAUGUUUAUUACCACAGAGCAAUGCUUUCUCUUUCCGACUUACAUGUGAAUAGCUGUGUACUACUGAAAAUAAAGAUUGUACUAUACAGUUUGAAA